GUACACCAGGGCGGUGGAGCUGCUGAGCCGCGAGGUCGAUGGCCAGGGCGUGGACAUUGUGCUUCUGCCGGAGAUGGCGGUGGAGCAUCCCCCACAGUGCACCGACCAGGGCGUGCUGACCCGCGAGAACGUCGGCAUCAUGAUGCUCGCCCGCUUCGCCGCGAGGCAUCAGAUCUACGUCGUGUUGGGCAGUAUGGAGGAGUACGUGCCCAAGGACGGGGGCCUCUUCAACACCUGCGUGGUGCUCGGCCCCGACGGCGACGUGGUCAUGCGGCACAGGAAGGCCGCCUGGGACCCAGCCCUCGGGGACGAGCAGCUCGGGCUGUUCGAGACCCGCUUCGGCCCGGUGGGGGUGCUCGUGGGGCGUGAGGCGGAGGAGGAUGCGCGCGUGGACGCCCUGCUGGCGCGGAGGCCGUGCCUGCUGCUGAGCCCGGUGAACUCGCCGGCCCGGAUGGAGGCCGAUCUCGUGCGGAUGCGGCCAGAGCUCCAGGUGGCCGAGUGGCAUGAGGGCUUCCGCCGCGUGGAGCAGCGGGUGGCGGCGCAGACGCGGCGCUGGCCGCCGUGCCCCGUCGCGCGGGCCGACGCGCCCCUCGGCGAGGGCGGGUCGGGCACCUCCAUGCUGGUGGAAGGCCACCGCAGUGUCCUGGCGCCAGGCUGGGGCGCGGGCUUCUUCCUCGUGGAGACCACGCCCCCGGAGGGCCCGGAGCCAGCGAGGCUUCCAGGCUGGCGCAGGAUGACGGUGGAGGAGCGAAUCGACGCGGCCGUGCAGGGCGGCCUCCACCUGCCGGACGAGGAGGCGGAGCACGGGCCCCGCUACCGCGUGUGGAACCUGCAGCUCCCGAGGGCGCUGCCGCUCCGGGUGCCGGGCGACGCCCCCGCGCCGUUCCGCGCGCAGGGCCCCCGGGCGGAGCGCGGGGCCGUCAGCGGUGAGGCGUUCGCGCGGGUGCGCAGCCAGGCCGCCGCGGGCGCCGCUCCCCCUGGCGCGUUCUUGGAGCUGCUGAGGGCGAAGGACUCGCGCAUGCAGUACGUCGUCGUGACCUGCCACGGCUCCAUGGCGCAGUGGGACGUGGCGCUGAAGACGGCGGCCUUCUCCUGCGAGCUCGGGCAGGAGGCGCUUGUCACGGCCGUGGGCCCGUCCUACGCGCCCCGGCAGUUCAUCGUCGGCGCCGCCACGCGCGAGGCGCUGCUGCUCCGCGUCUUCGAGGAGCGCGCCCCCGCCGCCGGCGCCGUGCUGCAGAAGCGCAGCCUGCCGUGGUCGCUGUGGCCCGGAGGCACGGCCGAGCUGUGGUGCGCGCCAACGAGCCCCACCGGUCGGAGUUCGGGGGCGUCUUCGCAGCUGUCGACGACGUCCGCCGCGGAGCAGGACGAGGAGGCGCCCAGCGGCGCCCGCAUCCGCGCCGUCUUCCACCUGAAGGCCUCCCUGGCUCUGGCUGUGCUGGAGGACGGCGACAAGGAGGGCGCCGGCCUGCCCCUCUGCCUGCUGGUGGACCUCGGGGGCGCCGCGCCUCCGCGGCAGCUGGAAGCACUACGCGGUGCAGUCGUUCCAGCAGCAGUGCUUCAUGCGGUGGGGGCCCUCCGAGGACGAGUCCUGCCACCUGGCCGUGCCGAUGCGGAUUAUUCCUUCGACGACUGCAUCUGCCAUUUUCUCUGGGCUGAACGGAUCAUCCAGGCACCUCUCCCUGGAGGCGCUCUCCGACAUGGCCCGCCACGUGCGCUUCAUGGCCCUUGUCGUGUUCCCAGAUGCCUUGGCGGCGAACCGCCUCUGCAGUCUUUUUUACCACUAUCCCUGGUUCGGGCCCUGGUGUGGGAGGGGCGAUGCGUUUGCCAUCAACUCCACAUGGUUGGCGACAGUGGGCUCAAGGGGCUGGACAUUUUGAAUGCCUAUUACUGCUGCACGUCCGUGUUCGGGCGCUGGCAGUACAGGGUCAAGCUGACGCUGGGCGCCCACGACUAUGCGAUUCUCUCGUAG